AUCGAAUUAUCUCGAUUAGCUCAGGCUCAGGCUGACAAGGCCGCUGUUCUAGAAGUGAACGCCUUACUUGAGUCUCGUUGUGCCCAACUAGAAGAGGCUCUUCAACAGCAACAACUAGAAGAGCAUAAAAACCAUUUAUCACGAAAAUCCGGUAAAAUCAGCCACCACAGGUGUAGGUGUUUACAACAUUACUUCCUUACACAGUUUCCACCCCUCAAACAGAAGCAUUCUUUAUUGUGCAAUGAGGAUAUCCAGCUCACUGACUUCAUUGAUGGUUACGAAUCACCCGGCAGUUCCUUAGGUUCCUCAAGCGAAGAGCAGCAUGAGUUUGAUAUGGAUCGUGGCAUUGUUCUCCAUGUAUCCCAGACGGGAGAAAGGAACCCUCAAGGCAAAUUAAAUUCUCUUUAUUUUGUCAAUUUUGCACCAAUUUAUUUUGCUGCAUUUUGGGUUUUUUAA